CUUUCUUGCGCAUAAACAUGCGCCGGAAAAACAGUCCAGCGCUUCUAUUAUUCUUCUUGGUCUCCUUGGCUCUCGUCGCCUCUUUCCUCUUCUUUCUUCCCCGUAAUUUCUUCUUCGGCAGAGAACUUAAUCAAACUUCCACGAUUCUCAGAAACCACAAGAAUCUUCACCUUCGCCUCACCAUCGAUACCGAAGAAGACAUCUACCGCACCUUCACCUUCCAUCACCUAUCAUCAUCUCUUACCGAUCUCGAUACCGUCUCGAUCCUCGUACCCGAUUGGGAAGUUCUCCUGAUCCAUUUGCCGGAAAAUCCUUCAUCAUCGAACGCCGCCGUGGACGACGACCGAUAUUAUUGCCUCUUCCAAAACAACGCUACUUCUCCGGCGAAACCUUCUGGAAUCUUACCUUCAACCAAAGCUACAAUCUUCAAGUGCGUUCUUCCCGAUAGCAUCCGCCGAAUUCGCCCUUUCUUGCAACCGAUUCUAACAAAGCGGAGGAAAUUUUGGCCUUGGACGGAGUCAGAGUCGGAAUCGAGUGGAGGAUCGCCCGAGUUGUUACGAUGGGGUUUCCUUGUGUACGAAUCGUUAUCGACAGAAGAUGACGUCAUCUUGUUCGCUAAGGGAGUUAACAAUCGUCAAGGCAUCAACCGGCAACCGUCUGAGCUCCGUUGCGUGUUCGGAGACGGCGUCAUAACGGAGGUCACUAGCUCCUGUCAAGAGGUGUUUCGAUGUCGUCAUCCGGACGAAAAUGCCCUCGCUCGCUUGCCCCAAGGCGGGAAGGGCAAAACGAUGAAAAUUUCCCUCCAACUUCUAGUCCAGGGAAGGGAGGAAGAAAAAGAGAAGGAGAAGGUGGCGUUGAUGGUGCCAUCCGUGGCGUACUACACACCCUCGCACAAACCAGCUUCCCAAGAGGGGAAGUCGCUAUUGUGCGCGUGUACGAUGGUGUACAACGUAGCGAAGUUCUUGAAAGAAUGGGUUCUCUACCAUUCCAAACUCGGCGUAGACAAAUUCAUAUUGUACGACAACGGUAGCGAUGAUGGAUUAGAAGAAGUAGUUUCACAGCUACUACGUGAAUCACACAACGUCACUACCUUCUUAUGGCCAUGGGCUAAGACCCAAGAAGCUGGUUUCUCACAUUGUGCCAUGCAUGCCAAGGAUUCAUGUACAUGGAUGAUGUACAUCGAUGUAGAUGAGUUUUUUUUCUCUCCAUCAUGGCUCAAUUAUUCAUACCCAUCAACUAACAUGCUCAGAUCCUUAUUGCCGAAGUCAUCCACGUCAAGCGUAUCUCUUCCGGUCGGGCAAAUUAGUAUGCGGUGCCUUGAUUUUGGACCGUCGAAUCAACGGUCCAACCCGGUUCAAGGAGUCACCCAAGGCUACACUUGUAGAAGAAGGCUAGAGCAGAGACACAAAUCUAUUGUGCUAUUGGAUGCGAUCGAUGCUUCUCUAUUGAACGCGAUACAUCAUUUCCGAUUGAAAGAAGGGUAUAGAGGGAAAUGGUUGAGCCGGAAUGGAGCUGUAGUGAACCACUACAAGUACCAAGCGUGGCCGGAAUUUAAGACCAAGUUUCGGAGAAGGGUUUCAGCUUAUGUGGCGGAUUGGACACAAGAGGUGAACCCAAAGUCCAAGGAUAGGACCCCGGGGCUGGGUCGAAUGCCGGUUGAACCGACAGGAUGGGCCAACAAGUUCUGUGAGGUGAAUGAUACGGGGUUACAGUGGGUCACCCAGAGAUGGUUUGGGUUUAAGUCGAGAACCGGGUUCAAGAUGGCUUGGCAGAAUCAGUGAGGAAGAAGGUCUUCUUGGGGGAUUUAGGGAACUAGGAAAGGGUCUGCCACCACCCUCAGCCCCUAUCUUUAGGACGUGAAAGCCAAUAGUAUUAG